CUUGACAUCAGCACCCCCGGACUGGCCGCGGACCCCCGAAAGCACUCUCAACCACGACGAAGAGCCCCGCGACAGUCCGCCACAGUCACACAUGGGGCGCAUAUAGUCUGCGCUCCUUCCAAACACGCCGACCCCCCUACCGGACCCCUAUGAGCCAUGUCUGCUCCCCAUGAAUAUCACCAGCCGAACGCCCCAGACGAGGACUCGGACCUCGACCUCGACCUCGAAGAGCUCGACCCGCUCGCAGCACGCCAACGCUCGUCAGCCUCCCCGCCACGUCGCCAGUCGAAGGAGCAGUCGAGGCCGUACCAUGAACUGGGCGCACGAAUACCGCUCAGAAACCUGCGAGUAGGGAGAUUGCGGGGGAACAGGAGGAAGGAAGAGCCGGAGGACGAAGACCUGCGAGGCCUGAUAGACGACGACGAGAGGGAGAACCGCAACUCGGCCGGCAGCUAUGGACAGUCUGGCGACGACGACUCGCCGCUGCUGCCUGCCAGCACCAACCCUCGCCGACCUGCACCCCGCAGGCCGAGCGCAUUGUCCAGGCUGGGCGCUGGCCUGCGUUUGCCAGGCUUCCUCUCGAACCAAGACGACGGAGCCAUACAGCUUGGAGGCGGCGGCGGCGGCGACGACAACAACGCUGAAGAGGAGCACAACCCCACAACACAGCGCACCAUUUCCGUGGGCGCAACUCAGACAUCACGAUUUCCUGCAAAUGCCGUUUCGAACGCAAAAUAUACCCCCUGGAGCUUUCUGCCGCGAACCCUGUACAACGAGUUUUCUUUUUUCAUCAACAUGUAUUUCUUGCUUGUAGCCAUGUCGCAAAUCAUCCCGGCGCUUCGGCUUGGCUACCUUUCGACUUACAUCGCGCCGCUCGCCUUCGUCAUCUCAAUCACACUAGGGAAGGAGGCAUUGGACGACAUCGCUCGACGACGGCGGGACGCAGAAGCAAACUCUGAAGGCUACACCGUCUUGAAGUUCGAGGAGAACAGCGUGGGCAAUGGAGUUGCGCCUGGACAGACCUCGCGGCAGAAGAAGAAGCUGAGAAAGAAUAAGAGGGAGAAUGGCCGACUGGGCGAACUCGAAGAUGAGGAGCAACAGCUGUCCACGAAAGGACUGGCUACAUGCACAUAUUUCCAAGUCGUCAAGCCGUCUAAGAACCUCAAAGUUGGUGACGUAGUGAAGCUCGGAAAGGACCAGAGGGUGCCUGCAGACAUGAUCGUGCUGAAAAGUCUUGCGGCCGACAACGCACCCUCGACAGCCGACUCGGCUCCGAGUGGUGCGCCAGCCACGCUGAUCGAUGAAGGAAACGGACAUCUGGAUCAGGGCGAGACGGCCAAAGUGGAAAGCGCUGCUUCUACUGGCCCUUCAGGCGAGGCCUUCAUUCGUACCGACCAGCUCGACGGUGAGACUGACUGGAAGCUGCGUUUGUCAUCACCCUUGACCCAAAACCUGCAUGUUGGAGAAUACACUCGUCUUCGCAUCGUUGCAGGCAAACCAGACAAGAAGGUGAACGAGUUCUACGGCACAGUCGAGUUGCCACCUAAACGCCAAAGACAGUACGACCCGCAUGAUGACCAACAGUCAUCGAGCGAGGAGGUCCAAUCUGCACCACUCAGUAUCGAUAACACAAUCUGGGCAAACACAGUCGUAGCCUCGAGCUGCAGUCUACUCGCUGUGGUAGUCUACACCGGGCCGCAGACACGGCAGGCCUUGUCAACGUCGCCUUCGCGUUCGAAGACGGGCCUGCUGGAACUCGAGAUCAACGCGCUUACCAAGUGGCUGUGCGUCUUCACGCUUUCGCUAUCUUUCAUCCUGGUGGCACUGGCUGGCUUCAAGAAGAUUGACGGCCGCGAGUGGUACGUCAAUAUGAUGCGUUUUCUGAUUCUCUUCUCGACCAUCGUCCCCGUAGGUCUACGUGUCAAUCUGGACAUGGGCAAGUCGGUGUACGCAUGGUUUAUCGAGCAUGAUGAAAGCAUCAAAGGAACCGUCGUCAGGACGAGCACGAUUCCUGAAGACCUGGGACGAAUUGAGUACUUGUUGAGUGACAAGACUGGUACUCUGACCCAGAAUGAAAUGGCCAUGAAGAAGAUCCACGUUGGCACAGUGUCUUAUGCAAACGAAGCCAUGGACGAAGUCUCCUCGUAUGUCCGACAAUGCUUCACACCGCCAGCCGGCGAAGAGCCUUCUCUCGUCACGCCCUCGUCGGCCUACACUGUACCGCUUACGUCAGCUACCCGCACUCGUCGAGAGAUAGGAUCUCGAGUUCGCGAUGUCGUGCUAGCUCUCGCACUCUGUCAUAAUGUCACGCCGACUACUGAAGAAGAGAACGGCGAGAUGGUAACUACGUAUCAGGCCUCGUCUCCAGACGAGAUCGCCAUCGUUCGAUGGACCGAAGCUGUCGGUCUAAAGCUUCUUCAACGCGAUCGAGAGUCGAUGACUCUUGCGUCAGUCAACAGUGGCAACACUGUCGUACGAGUCCGCAUCCUCAACACCUUUCCGUUCACGUCUGAGGGCAAGAGAAUGGGUAUCGUGGUAAAGUUCUACCACGGCCCAGUCGAUUCGCCCUCAGACGAGGAUGGCGAGAUUUGGUUCUAUCAAAAGGGCGCCGACACUGUGAUGACCUCCAUCGUCGCUGCUAAUGACUGGCUUGAUGAGGAGACUGCCAACAUGGCCCGAGAGGGACUUCGAACUCUCGUUGUCGGUCGCAAGAAGCUGUCAGCUCAGACCUACCAAGACUUCUCCACCAAGCUCGCGCAGGCUUCACUAGCCCUGCAGAAUCGCGAUGCCGGUGUAGCAGAGGUGGUGAGCGAUUACCUCGAGCGCGACCUUGAACUUCUUGGCGUCACUGGUGUCGAGGACAAGCUGCAGAAGGACGUUAAACCAUCUCUCGAGCUUCUCCGCAAUGCCGGCAUCAAGAUCUGGAUGCUGACCGGCGAUAAAGUCGAAACGGCCCGCUGCGUAGCCGUGAGCUCUAAGCUUGUCGCUCGAGGGCAGUACAUUCACACUAUCCAAAAGCUCAAGCGCAAAGAGCUCGCCAACUCCUCUCUCGACUUCCUUCGUGGCAAGACUGACGCCUGCCUGCUCAUCGACGGCGAAUCUCUCGCUCUCAUGCUCACCCACUACCAACGCGAGUUCAUCUCCAUUGCUGUACAGCUCCCCACAGUCGUCGCCUGCCGCUGCUCGCCCACCCAAAAAGCCGACGUCGCGCGCCUCAUCCGUUCGUACACCAAGAAACGAGUCUGCUGCAUCGGCGAUGGCGGCAACGACGUCUCUAUGAUUCAAGCCGCGGACGUGGGCGUCGGCAUCGUCGGCAAAGAAGGUCGGCAAGCUUCUCUGGCCGCAGACUUCAGUAUCGAGCAGUUCUGUUACCUCGUCAAGCUACUCGUCUGGCACGGUCGAAACUCAUACAAGCGGUCCGCUAAACUAUCGCAAUUCGUCAUCCACCGCGGUCUCAUCAUCAGCAUCUGCCAGACCGUAUACUCCAUCGCCACGGCCUUCGAGCCCAAUGCGCUCUACAAAGACUGGCUGCUCGUCGGGUACAGCACCAUCUACACCAUGGCACCCGUCUUCUCGCUCGUACUCGACCGCGACGUGGAUGAGAGCGUUGCGAACUUGUACCCUGAAUUGUACGCGGAGCUCAAAACGGGCCGCAGUCUGAGCUACAAGAGCUUCUUCAUCUGGGUCGCUGUGUCCAUCUACCAAGGCUCCAUGAUCCAGGGUCUCAGCCAACUCCUCGUCGGCGUCGGCCCAGACAACACAGCCAUCUUCGCGCGCAUGGUCAGCGUCAGCUUUUCCGUCCUCGUCCUCAACGAACUCGUCAUGGUGGCUAUGGAGGUCACGACGUGGCAUUGGAUAAUGAUCGCCUCCAUCAUCGGCACAGGUGGCAUUUACUUUGGAUCCAUUCCCUUCUUGGGCGUGAGUGGGGUCGGGACGGAUGCGGCGACGGGGUACUAUGAUCUGGGGUACGUCGCGAGCCUGGGCUUCUGGUGGAAGGCCGCAGUCAUCGCGGCCAUCUCGCUGCUGCCGCCUUACGCCGUCAAGAUCGUGGGCAGGACGCUCAAGCCGCCGAGUUACAGGAAGGUGCAGGGCGUGUAGCGGGUCUGGCAUCUGCCGUGUCAGGUACAUAGCGUGGUAAUUGCAUUUGGAUUCCAUCGCAUCGCAUGCCGCACUGCGGCUCUCGCGGCCAAUGUCCCCUGAUAAUUUAGGUGAAUACUGAUC